UCUGCCGUGAAGCUCGAGCUGGAAACACAGUGUCUCCUCUACGGGACGAAGAAACAAGUUAGUUAUCAUUCUUUCAAAGAUAAAGAUCCCACCGGUCACAAUGAAUACCUUGAUUUUUCUGGUUCUUUUGGGAAUAAACAGCGCGGCAGCAGUGAUUCACUCUCUGAAGUAUUUCUACACUGCGUCCUCUCAAGUCCCAAACUUCCCAGAGUUUGUGGCUGUUGGGAUGUUUGAUGAAGAUCAGAUAGCUUACUAUGACAGCAAGAUCAGGACAACCGAACCUAGACAGGACUGGAUGAACAAGGUAGUGGAUCCACAGUACUGGGAGAGGAGCACUGGGAUCUUUUCGGCUACCCAGCCAAACUUCAAAGCCAACAUUGAAAUUCUAAAGCAGCGCUUCAACCAAACUGGAGGUGUUCACAUUUUCCAGUUUAUGUACGGCUGUGAGUGGGACGAUGAGAAUAAAGAGGUUAAAGGGAACUGGCAGUAUGGUUAUGAUGGAGACGACUUCAUAGCAUUUGACCUGAAGACAGAGACAUGGAUCGCUCCAACACCACAGGCUGUCAUCACCAAACUCAAGUGGGACAAGGACAGAGCUUGGAUCACACAGGCAGAACAGUACCUGAACCAGAUUUGUCCUGAGUGGGUGAAGAAGUAUGUGGACUAUGGGAGGAGCUCUCUGCUGAGAACAGAUCUUCCCUCAGUGUCUCUCCUCCAGAAGACUCCCUCCUCUCCAGUCAGCUGCCACGCUACAGGUUUCUACCCUGACAGAGCCAUGAUGUUCUGGAGGAAAGAUGGAGAGGAUCUUCAUGAUGGUGUGGAGAAAGGAGAGAUCCUCCCCAACCAUGAUGGAACCUUCCAGAUGAGUGUUGAGCUGAAAUCAGUCUCACCUGAAGACUGGGGGAAGUAUGAAUGUGUGUUUCAGCUCUCUGGUGUGAAGGAGGACAUCAUCAAAAGACUGGACAAAGCAGUGAUCAUCUCUAACGAGAAGCCGACUGACACGACCCCCAUCAUCAUCGCUGCUGUGGUUGUUCUUGCUCUCGUCAUCGCCAUCGCUGCCAUUGGAUUCUUCAUUUACAAGAAGAAGAACGACAAACGCCCUCCAUAUCCUGCAAGCAACCAGGAGGUCAUAGAACAAACAAUGCCUUUGAGUGCCUAAAUGCCAAACACACCACCCUGAACACAGUUUAUGGAGACAUUUUGCACUUGAACAAGGAGAGACGCCACCACAUUCUCCUCCAUAAACUGGGAAUUCAUCAACUAUUCAUCAGUGAAAUCACAAAUUGACAAAGUCAGGGUUGGGAAUCUAGUGGUAGAUACUUAUUGAUUAGAAUAUAAAGAACACCAACUGUUUGCUUAAAUAUUGAUAAAUCAAAUGAGGAUGAUUAUUUUUUUCUAUACCUGGAGAAAAGUAAGACGAUAUUCAAACCAAUGAAAGCAUCACAGCACUGUUCAUAUAUACACAAUUAAUUUAAAAGUUUGUGUGAUCAUCUAAAAUAAAUUCACCAUAGUUACAGUUUCAUAUUCCUGGUGUUGGGGUUUUGUUGUCUAAAUAUAGAUAUACAUAUACAGACACACAAUCACAUACUGCACAUGCAUCCCCUUUUUCAUAUAUACAAAUACUCCUGAGGGUCUUCUGAUAUGAGGUCGAAUCAGUGUUGCCCACCCCAGGCAUACACUUACACAACACAUAAGCAUCAGUACAACAUUUAUUUUCCAGUUGUGUAAAUAUUCUUCUUGUAUAUUUCUUUAAAAUGGUUGAGGUUAAAGAUAUUGUUUUGAUUUUAAUUAGGCUUAAGCAAGAAAUACAUUAUAUCUUUGAAGUUUUUCUUAAUUAAUCAAGAGUAUAUUAUUGUUUUUUGUUUCAUAUUAAAUAUUUGAACAUUAUAUUUAAAUUUUAGCUGAGAGAUUUUUAUCAGGUUGUUGGAUGUUUUUAGUUUCUCAGCACACUGAUGGUAAAAAAUAGAAAAUGAUUAACCUGUUAGUGUUUAGGAACAAAGGAGUUUUCUGUGUUAGCUUUGUAAACAUUUAGGAAUUAAACAGCAAUGCUCAAAAUUAUUAUUAUGUUCAAGCUCAUAAAUCAAUGUUGAAUGAAGUUUCUCUGUUAUUUCAUUCUUUUUUUACUUUUGCUUGGCUCUCAAUAAAGUCCCCAAAAAUUCCAAA